CUUUAGUUGAAGUGAUUAAAGUAGCAUAUAGUCAAGAUACCAAAAAAUAUGACAAAUUAGAAGCAUCAUAUGUAAACUAUCUUAAAACUUUACAGCAAAAAAGAGAUCCAGAAGAUCAUGUUAGAUAUGUAGCAAAGCAACACGCUCCAAAUGAGAAAAUCUAUAAUGAAAGAAUGGCAGAUUUCAAAGAUUGGUAUAAUGAGGAA